UUGAAUCGUUGGCGGGAAUCAUGUUAGGACGACGCUGGAACGCUUGGCUGCUGCUGGCAAUAUUUUGCUUGACGGCAGCCCCAAUCGCCAGGGCCUUGCCAUCGGGGACGGCCAAUGCGAGCGUAGCCGAUGAUCUCACUACGGAUUACGCCAAGCAGAUUAUGCGCCAGUCUAAGGUGGCCGAGAUGAAGGGCAUGCUGAAUGAGAGGACUGCGCCCUGCGACGACUUCUAUGGCUAUGCGUGCGGCAACUGGCAUCGUCAGAAUCCCGCUCAGCUGUUCGGGAACAUAAUGACGGAUACGUUUCAGCUGAUUGUCAAGGGAUUCGAUCGACGUCUGCAGCGUCUGCUGCAGUCGGGCGAAAUGAGAUCGGAGCUAGAGCAGAAGCUGCAGAGUUUCUAUCGAUCCUGUCUGCUAGCAGAUGUGCGAGAUAUUCACUACAAGCGGGCGCUGCUGAGCAUCUAUGGUGAGUUCGGGGGAUUUCCUGUCGUGGAGCGUGAGAGUUGGAAUGCCCCUAGCUUCAGCUGGUGGCGCGCCAUUGCGGCCAUUCAGCAUAAAUACGGCCAGCAAAUCAUACUGGCCGUGGACAUAAUGUCGGACAUCAAGAAUCAUACGGUGAAUCGGGUCUAUCUGGGCCCGCCGGACAACAAGCAGCCCAUCAGCAUACUGAAGAAUCUCGAGGAUAAGGCUCUGGCACAUCAGCUCCAGCUCUACUUUGGCGUUGCCGAGCAACUGGCCAAGCGAACCGCCAGGCAGCUGAUCAAAUUGCAGCGCGCCCUGGCCGAGGGCAGCCUCAGCGAAAGCGUCAGCCUGGAAGAGGAUCUGGCCCUUUACCCAGUAGCCGAACUGGAGCAGCGGUAUGCUGAGCAGUUCAGCAUCAAGGAGUAUCUCGGCCUGGUGCUGGGCAAGGACAAUGUGCCGGAGCACAUAUAUAUCUACAGUGAAAACUAUUUGAACAAAACCUUGCAAACGCUGCAGGCCACUCCGCUGGAGACGAUCGCCAACUAUGUGAUCUGGCAGCUGCUGGCGCCAUACCGAGUCGACUCCGAGCCCAAUGAGCUGCGCACCUGGUGCACUGAGCAAACCAAGAAGCACUUUGCGAAGCUCACGGACCACAUGAUCUACGAACGCUAUCGCAGUCCCGAGGCCGAGGCAGAUGUGAAGAGGGUCUGGAAACAGAUACGCGAGACGUUCCGGCAGCAAUUGGCUGGCGACAAGCUCGACUGGAUUGCGAACAAGACUCGAGAGCUGGCGAUUCAUAAAUUGGAUCGCAUGGAGCUGCACAUCAACUCCUAUGACAAUGAGGACUUCGAGGGACUCUACGGUGCGGUGGCCGUGGACAGGCAAAACUACGUGCUCAAUGUGCAACAGCUGCUCAUGGCGGAGGCCAAGCGCAGUCUGAAGAGGCAGCACAAUCCGGCCUCCUCGUUGGAGGCCACCGAUGUGCUGAGCUUCACGCCCGCCUACAACAUCCUGGACAACAACAUCACAAUCCCAGUGGCGCUCCUCCAGCCGCGCUACUUCUGGGAUGCGAACUACCCGCAGGCGCUGAAGUACGGCACCUUGGGCUAUCUGCUGGCGCACGAGAUGAUACACGGCUUCGACGAUGAGGGACGCAAUUAUGAUGCCAAUGGCAAUCUGGCGCCCUGGUGGGAUGACAGAUCGCGCUACGAGUUCGAGGAGAAGCGCAAGUGUUUCCAGGCUCAAUAUCAUUCCUACAAAUACGGCGGCACUCGCUUGCCGGAGAGCGUGCUGCAGUCGGAGAAUAUUGCCGACAAUGCGGGUGUGAAGCUGGCCUACAAGGCCUACCAACGUUGGCUGGAGCAACAGCCGCCCGAGGUGCUGCAGCAGGAGACACUGGCCGGCCUCGAGCUGACCAGCCGGCAGCUGUUCUUCUUGAGCUAUGCCCAGCUGUGGUGCGACGAUGUCCAGUCCCUGUUCAAGACGUCGGUGGCCAAGGUGGAUGACCAUGCGCCGGGCAUGUAUCGCGUCAUUGGGCCAUUGUCCAACUUCCAAGAGUUCUCCUGGGUCUACAACUGCUCCCAGCAGGCGCCCAUGGAUCCAGAGUUCAAGUGCGCCAUAUACUAAGUCAGCUGCUCUGAAAUGUUACUCCCUAGCCUUAGUCUUACAAUAAAAUGGGUGGCCCGCAAUGGUAGCCGAAA